UCCCGAAGUAAUCAUUUGUGAAUUUGAUAUAUGAUUACAACAAUACAUAGUUAUUCGCUGUCGGGAGAUCACCUUGGUUCGGACAUGCUUCAGAUGUUAUUAUAAUUUUAUCUGACUACUAUCCCAUUAAUCUAACACCGACCUAUCCCCCUCUGUAGCCUCAAGUCAGAGUUAUGCAUUACAUUUGCUGCUAGCCGGAGAUAAAUUUAGCAUCCGAUGUUUCUGGAAUAAACACCGAAUCAGAAACCACCUCAGCCAUAAAGUGAUAAAUAGUCGUGUAAUACGAUGAUUGAAAAGAUACGUAGGCUUGGAGUCUCGUAUGCAGUGUAUAUCUAGAGGUUUACUUAUAUUCCAAUAUCAUACUCGUCUAUUGUGUAUUAAAGACAAGAACAGACACAGAUAAGCAAAAAUCACCUGACGUUUUUGUGCAAAUAUGGCACAUCGAAUCCCAAUCCAACAAGACAACUUAAGUUUUCAGGAGAGACAAAGUAAAGUGUGGGAAGAUAUGGAGCGAGACAUGGAUAUGAGACGCAAGGAAUGGGAAUCGGAUAUAGAGAGAAUGAGAGGAGAUUUCUUUAACCUAAAACCGUGCGAUGACGGGCUAGAAUCACUUAACGAUAAAUUCAGAUUUAAAGAUGGAAUGGAGGAUGCUAAAUCAGUAAUUGAAAAAGAUCAAAAUGGCCGCCCAGUGUUUCGGGCAAGAUUUAAUGUGAAGGAUUAUCAACCGGAAGAAGUUAAUGUUAAAAUGGACGGAGAUAGGGUAGUUGUUAACGCAUCUCACCAAGAAAAGGAUGGAUCAAAAUCAGUGAGCCGUGAAUUUAGCCGUGAAGUAAACAUUCCACGCGAAGUAGAUCCAUUACAACUACAGUGUACAAUAUCUUCUGACGGUGUUUUAUCAGUUGAAGCACCACUACCGACACCGCAGUAUCCACAAGUAAUGGAUAACCCGAGAACGACACAUCGUAUCAUUCCGCAAACGAGUCCACAUGUGUCGAGUACUCCACCGAGAAACACUCCGCCGCCUAGUGCCUCUCAAAUACCUUCAGGGCACACGUCAUCGUUUACGACCUUUAUGUCUGGACCAAAAGGUGCUGCACCCCCAUACACUAGUGUACAGAGUACAAUGUCAAAUUCCUCGCCAAAACAAUUCACACCACAGGCGUCGACUUCAGUUUCGUCGUCUAAAUACGACACAAGAAAUAGUGUCGACUCAUCACCGGCACCGAUAGAAUCCGACAAAAAAUUUCGUGUAGAGGUUGAUAUUGAAGACUUCAAUCCAGAGGAGCUAUCUGUAAAAACUGUCGACAAGAAACUUGUAAUAAGUGCUAGCAGAAUGGAGCGUAUUGGUAGUAGAACAUCUACAAAAGAACUGAAUCGAGAGUUUCAUUUGCCCGACACUGUAGAUCCCAUGGCUGUUAAAGCAUUUUUUUCGGAAAGUGGUAAAAUGAUUAUUGAAGCUCCGUACAUGAAACCGAUCACAGUUGGUCAUUUCUCGGGCCAUGAAGGAAGUCCGCUAUCGGGAAGAUGAUUGUGAAUGAGGAAUGUUUAACGUAUUGUUCAUGAACAAAUUGACUGGCAUUAAACGUGUCGUUGCUUUAUAUGUUCUGCAUGACAACAUUUCAUCACUUCACUCCAGAUUAAACUAUUUAUUAAUUCAGUCAGUGGACUUGAUGAACAUGAUAAACAUUGAAAUGAACAUAUUAAUUCACGAUUUUACCAGUUUAUUCACAGUUUUGUGAGAUUUAUCUUAUUUAUUAUUUAUUGAUAGCAGUAUACAUAUUUCUAAUGUAACUUUCUAAUUUGCUGUUAACAGUUAUACAUUUGAAACAUAAAACCAGUGUAGAUAAUAAUUUGAAAAUAAGUGAUAAUUUUCGAACUAAACACCACAUUCAAUAGUACAUGCCUAUUAAAGAACCUGAAAUUAGUCGAAUCCAUGUUUCUUCGAUUCUGACUUUGAUGAAAUGCGUUUACCUACUUUUUCCACUGGUCAAUGUCAUUUCAUAAAUAAUAUGGCCUGCCGUCUCCAGUAGUGUUCACAUGUAUGCAGUCAUAUUUUUGCAAACCAACAUAACAGUCAGAGGUCAUAAGUAUUUCACCACUCGAAAAUACCACUAUGUAUUUCAUAUACAACACAUUUAACAUUUAAAAAAAUGUCAAAAUAUAAUUUCAGGUCCGAUUGUCAUGCAAUUUGUACUGUCAAACUCAUCAACGCGUCCAGUUUUAAAUAGUUAUUAUGCCUAGGAUAAACAAGUAUCACAAAAAUACCGAACUUCAAGGUAAAUUCAAAAGGGGAAGUCCAUAAAAGCUGACAAAAUCAAACGUUAUCAACCAAUGGAAUGAGUGAAACACAACUGUCAUAUUCCUGACUUGGUACAGACAUUUUCCGAAGAAAAUGGUGGGUUAAUCUUUAUGACAUGUCAUAACUGAAAAAAAACAUAAUAUUCAAUAAGAACAUUGUACUUAAGUUUCAUUGAUCCCCAUAUAUAUUUUUUCCGUGCAGAAGGUAAGAGUUGUUUUUCAACAGUCAUUUCUUUAUAUGUAUAAACCCCGCAAACAUUUCUGAAUUAUUGCAAAAACUUGUUUUUAUUUCUUUAUUUAUUGGUACAGAUUUCAUUCAGAUCGGACAAAGUAUAACGUAAGGACAAUUAAAAGAAAAGUUUGUAUAUAAAAUAUUUAGUGCAAAUUUCGAGUAGUGAAAUACUUUUGACCUGUGACUGUUAUGUUGGUUUGGACAAAAGCCAGAAACUUUUGAAGCAAUGGAAUUUAAUGAGGUUUCGACACAGAUACUUUACAACCGUCUUUAAUAAUUUUCAAUAAAGUAUUUUUUAGUCCUA